AUGGAUUAUCCACGGGAAGCUGCCUAUCCACAAUGGCUCCGAGGUUUGCUCAAGCUACGACGAACAUGGUGGGGUCUGAUGGCUCAAGGAUUCCUGAAGAAACGUGCUCAGUUUUCAAAAGACAUUUGCGCUGCUCAAGAAAAGUUCUCCUCUAAUCCCGCAUUGGUUGCCGCCCUUCCACAGGUCAAUGUUACGGGUGCUUCAAUAGAGAAUUCUCCACCCACUUCAGCUGAUCCACGAGCAGUCAAAAAUCACGAAGCGUCCACAAAUGUUUCAUUGCAAAGAG